CGAGUUGUUAUCGUCGUGUUUAUUUUCCGCCGCGCCAGUUAGAGCUUUGGGCAUCGUCGGUGUAGGUUGUUGUCAUCGUUGCGGAAGAAAGUAAUUAAAUUUUGCUAAAAAUGAAUCGCGAUAAGGCUGCGGAACAGUUGAGCGAAUAUAAGGAGAAAAAUCCCGAAGGAAAACUGUUGACCACUCAGACGGGAUGUCCGAUUGGAGACAAGCUCAAUUCUCUUACUGCAGGACCCCGAGGUCCCAUGCUGUUGCAAGAUGUGGUAUAUUUGGAAGAGAUGGCUCAUUUUGACAGAGAGAGAAUACCCGAACGAGUGGUUCAUGCAAAAGGAGCGGGAGCAUUUGGCACUUUUGUGGUGACUCACGACAUUACAAAAUAUUGCAAGGCAAAGCUUUUUGAAAAAAUUGGAAAGGAAACUCCAAUCGCCGUUAGGUUUUCAACUGUCGGUGGAGAAAGUGGAUCUGCGGAUACUGUUAGAGAUCCUCGUGGAUUUGCUUUGAAGUUCUAUACAGAAGAGGGCAAUUGGGAUCUGGUCGGAAACAAUACACCCAUUUUUUUCAUUCGUGAUCCCAUGUUCUUUCCUAGUUUCAUUCACACUCAGAAAAGGAACCCUGUCACUCAUUUAAAAGAUGUCGACAUGUUCUGGGAUUUUCUGACCCUGAGACCCGAGAGCACCCAUCAGGUCUGUUUUUUGUUUUCUGACCGUGGAAUUCCAGAUGGUUACAGGCACAUGAACGGUUAUGGUUCUCACACAUUCAAGUUAGUCAACAGUAAGGGAGAAGCAGUGUAUUGCAAGUUUCAUUACAAGACUAAUCAGGGUAUAAAGAAUAUUCCUGUCGACAAGGCCGGGGAACUGUCAGGUUCUGAUCCAGAUUAUUCCAUCAGAGACUUAUAUAAUGCCAUUAGAAGUGGGAACUAUCCUUCUUGGACACUGUAUAUACAAGUUAUGACUAUAGAACAGGCAGAAAACUUUAGAUGGAAUCCAUUUGAUCUUACCAAAAUUUGGCCCCAUUCGGAAUACCCACUGAUGCCGGUGGGCACCCUGACCCUGAAUAGAAAUCCAGAAGAUUAUUUCAAAGACGUGGAGCAGAUCGCCUUCUGUCCAGCUCACAUGGUUCCCGGGGUGGAACCCAGUCCCGACAAGAUGCUACAGGGUCGUCUAUUUUCCUACUCGGACACCCACCGUCACAGACUGGGGCCCAAUUUCCUGCAGAUCCCUGUGAACUGUCCUUACCGUGCCAGGUGCCACCACUACCAACGGGACGGUCCACAGACUUUCAAUGACAACCAGAGUGGUGCCCCCAAUUACUAUCCCAACAGCUUUAAUGGACCCAAAGACAAAACCGUGUUCAUGGAGUCACCCGUGGCCUGUUCGCCGGAAGCCAAACGAUACAACAGCUCCGACGACGACAACUUCACUCAGCCUGGCACCUUCUGGAACAAGGUGUUGAACGAAGAAGAGAAGCAGCGUCUAGUGGAUAACAUUGUCAACCACAUUGUAUCGGCUCAAGUCUUCAUCCAGGAUCGGGCCGUGCGCAACUUUACGCAGGUGGAUCCCAAGUUCGGCGCCAGGAUCAAAGAAGGUUUGGAGAAACUCAGAAAGGAACAACCGCCUCACGGACGCCUGUAAUUGUGCCCAAAGUGUCUUUCCGGGUUCAAUGAAUGGAGGUUUAGUUACUGGCAGUUUUUACGUUAUAAAAUUUGCCUACAAUAUUUUUGCUUUAUAAUACGAUUUUGCUGGAAUUUGAUCCUUUGUCAAUUUGGAUGAAAUACAGUUUUUUGUAAUGUUACAUUCCAAUAAAAAGUUUUUAAGCAGUUAAAA